AUGGCAGCCGCGCUCGCCUUCGAGGCCGCGGUCGGGAAGCAAGUCCUCGUCUUCGGGAAGCAUGCUGGGGUCAUCCGAUACGUCCCGGCGGCGCGCAGCGCCUUGAUCGGCGUCGAGCUCCAGCGUCCCGUGGGCGACGGCGAUGGCAUUUGCCAGCAAGAUGGCCAGCAGCACUUUGCCUGCAAGCCGCUCCAUGGCAUUUAUGUCCGCGAAGAGAACCUCCAUGCGUACACCAAAGAGGACGCAGCGGCGUGCAUCAUCCAGUGCAUGUGGAAGCGCCGUCGCGCGCUCAACGCGUUUACGUCCGUCGUCCUCUCGUCGAUGUGGAACAUGCUCGACAACAACCAGGAGCAGCUCAACAUGAAGCGUGCCGAGAAGAUCAAGUCGGCGUCACAAGCACUCUCGAUCCUGGCGCGGCAGACGUCCAAGGGGCCGCGCCUCUCGCACAGCGUGUCGUCGGUUGCGGAAGACUACCAUGGUCCCCGCCUCCAAUUCCCUCUGCGCUUGUCCAACGUCCUCGACAUGCUCGAGCAGUUCAAGAAGGGCACGGUGCUCCACUCCAAGUACGUCAUGGAAGUGCUCACGGAAGCCAAGCGCACGUUCGGCCAGCUCCCGACGCUGCAGGAGAUCACGGUCAACGCCGGUGAGAAGCUCACGGUCGUCGGCGACUUGCACGGGCAGCUCAAGGAUCUCUUUACCAUCUUUACGACGAACGGGCUACCCUCGAAUAAGAACAAGUACUUGUUCAACGGCGACUUUGUCGAUCGCGGUCUCUACGGCACGGAGGUGGUCAUGACGCUGCUCUGCUUUCGGUCGCUGUACCCGGAAGGCGUCUUCCUCAACCGCGGCAACCACGAGUCGCGCAACCAAAACAGCUGGAUGGGCUUUGAGGAAGAGAUCUGGGAAAAGUACGACGGCACGAACGAAGGCGACCCGGCCCGCGCGAGCGUCGUCUAUAACAUGUUCCAGGCGUUCUUUGAUACGCUGCCGCUCUGCGCGCUUGUGCUCAAGAAGAUUUUCGUCGUGCACGGCGGUCUUUUCUCCUGCGACAACGUGACGCUCGCGCACAUCCGUGGCAUUAGCCGGAAGCGCGAACCGCCGCUGCACCAGCAAGGCUUUGAAGACAAGAUUUACGAAGACAUGCUGUGGAGCGAUCCGCGCGCGAUUGCGAGCCGCCAGCCAUCGGAGCGCGGCGCCGGCACCGAGUUUGGCCACGAAGUCACCAACAACUUUUGCGCCGUCAACCGUGUGGCCUUGGUCAUUCGGUCGCACGAGUGUGUGCCCGAAGGCUACGAUGUGCUCCAUGGCGGCCGUCUCAUCACGCUCUUCUCGGCGUCGCGCUACUGCGGCACGCAGCUGAACAAGGGCGCGUUUUUGACGCUCGGCGCCGACCUCCAGCCCGAGAUCCAGCAGUUUUACGGCAACCCGAUGACCGAGGCCGAGUGGGAAAAGCCCGAGGAGGAGCAAGGCAAGCUCCAAGACAACCUCGAAGGCGACGCGCUGCGCAUGAUCGCCGAGCGCAUCUGCGACCACAAGGCCGAUCUCUUUUGGUACUUUACGCAGCACGACCAAGAGGCCAACGGCAAAGUGCCGCGCCUCGUGUGGGCAGAGGCACUCAAGAGCGUCCUCGGGCUCGACCUGCCGUUCUUGCUGUACCAAGCCAAGCUCGCCGACACGGACGCCGACAACCUCGUCAACUACUCCAAGUUCUUGUCGCGCUAUCGCAUUGAGAAUCCGGCGGUCGACGCAUCAGGAUGGCAAGAAAGUAUCAUCUCGACGAUCUGCAAGAAGCUGUACCUCGCGAUGGGCGCCGGCAGCAUCGAACAUGCGUUUCGCAUCUUUGACGCUGAUGCCAACGGCACCAUCGAGUACGAUGAGUUCAUGGCGACGCUCAAGGGCAUGGACACGGGCUUGUCCGAGCAGCAGAUGUUUGAGCUCAUGCGCACGGCCGACACGAACGACGACGGCCGCUUGGACUUUAAGGAGUUUGUCCAGCGCUUCGAGGUCAUCUUUACCGACAUUCGCAACCAGCCGUCCGAGAAAGGCAGCUUUGUGGCGUCGUCGGCGCCGCCUGCGCCGUUCAACGCGCCAAGCAAGCUCCAGCGCCGGACGUCGGAGCGCGACCAGCCGAUCGGGCCCGUGCCCAUGGAGAACCUCGACCCUGAGACGAUGCGCGCGCUCUUGCAGAUCGGCAAGGCGUUCUUCCAGCUCGACGGGUCGCUCUUGGAGAACUUUCACCGGUUCGAUACCAACCGCGACGGCGUCCUCCAAACCGACGAGUUUUACGCAGCGCUGCAGCAGCUCGGGCUCAACUUUUCGGACGCGCUUUUGGCCAAGCUCAUGGCUGCGAUCGACCUCGACGGCGGCAACACGAUCGACUACAAGGAGUUCCUGGCGGCGUUCAGCGUCAAGGACAACAGCGAAGUCGAGAUGCUGGCCAAGGGCGAGCUCACUCUCGAACGUUUUUACCAGCACCGCAUCCACAUUCGGUCGGCGUUCCGGCUGUUUGACCAAGACAACAGCGGCAACAUCUCGCGCGACGAGUUCCGCGCCGGCAUCUCAACCUUUAAUGCGAUUCUAGAGAUGCCGCUGAGCGAAGACCAGAUCGAAGCGCUGCUCGUGCACCUCGACACGAACCGUGACGGCAACAUUAGCUACAAGGAGUUCCUCGAAGGCUUCCAAGUCGUCGACGUCCGGCUGCAAGAAGAGUAA